CCACCUUUCCCCCCAUAUGAUGAACCCAAUAUCUUUUCAAAUUAUUCGAUGAUAGAUGUUUGUAUCAUAUUGAAAAUAAAAUACCCACAAAAAAUAAAAAAGGAAAGAUCUACUCAUAAUGCUGACCAAUCAAAUGCAAGAGAUCGCGACUUUGACGAACAAGGUUUUGAUAGAGAUCAAGGUUUUGAUGAUACGUAG